AUGGGGCCUUCUCAGCUUGUCCGUGCCCCUCGGCCCGGGGGCUUAAGGUCCCCCUACCGUAGGCCAGGCGUGGGUUGGCCUCGGCCCCGCUUUCCCAAGAUGUUCAAGUGUAGCCGCAGAAGGUACCGGCAGAAACGGCAAGGCCCAGCUGGCACCACUGUAACCACCAAUCUUGCCACUGUGGCCACGGAUAUCAACGACACCCAAACUGCCACCACCAGGGUGUUGAUCCUUCCACCGCAAGUUCUCAGACACCUCUGUCAACCUGGCAGCUUUCUGAUCCUCUAG